GCUGUUCGUUGGAGCUCCAAAAGAAAAUGUGGUGAUUGGUGGAAAAAACACAGGCGGUGCUUUGUAUAGGUGUAAUGCCAGACAGCUGACAGACUGCUCAAGGAUCACUGAUGGAGUUUCGACCCCACCCAGGUCCAACGAGCUGCUUGAGGACCAGUGGCUGGGGGUGUCUGUGGCAUCCCAGGGCCCGGGCGGCCAGCUUGUGGCAUGUGCCCAUCGCGCCAUCAAAGACAAUGCAGCCCUAGGUUAUUGCAACGUUUGGGACCAAGAAUUUUUCCACACAGUACUCUUCCGGCCAUGCCAGAAUCUACCGCACACCUUGUUCAUGAAAAACUUUGGUCUGUGUCAGGCGGGUAUGUCUUCAGCACUGGGACAGGAUGAUGCUCUAGUCAUGGGUGCCCCAGGCUCUGUUUAUUGGCAAGGUGUUAUGUUUUAUGUGAACGUGACUGAUGAGCUUGGCGUUUCCUGGAAAGAAGUUCCCAGUCCGUACAGGAGAUCCGACUCUCAAGGAACAGGACAGCUCAGUCCAACAAGCAGCUACUCCUAUAAUGGUUACGCCGUCACUAUGGGCAAAUUUGAUGGCACCAAACAACUGUACUAUGUGUCUGGAGCUCCCAAGUCCAGCUCUCUGGGAGAAGUAGUCAUCUUCACGCACAGGAGUGAUAAUGCUCUUCGUUAUGACAAGUCACAGAUUCUCCAGGGUCGACGACUGUUCUCCGGGUUUGGCUCCAGCCUGGCAGCUGUGGAUAUAAAUAAUGAUGGAUAUGACGACCUUAUAGUUGGGGCCCCUUAUUACUACAAGAAGAACCAUGGGGGUGCUUUUUAUGUAUAUUUGGGCGGACCUUCAAUGUUUGAAGGGACUGUGCACACGGAGGUUUUGAGUCGGAAAUUGGGAACAGAGGAAUGUGAAGCUCUCUUGUGUGAGCAUGCUCGCUUUGGCAUGAGUGUGUCAAAGAUUGGUGAUGUGAACAUGGAUUCUUUUCAAGAUUUCGCUGUUGGUGCUCCUUAUGAAGGCACUGGUGCUGUUUACAUUUACCAUGGAGACAACUCAGAAGCUGGAUUCAAUACUGAUUAUGUUCAAAGGAUAACAGCGUCGGAUCUUCCUCAAGAUGUUCAGCCCCUGUCUUCCUUUGGAUACUCACUUUCUGGAGGAAUAGAUUUGGAUGAAAAUGGAUAUCCAGAUCUCCUUGUUGGGGCGUAUGAGUCCGAUGCUGUUGUUCUUGUCCGCUCAAGGCCCAUAAUUAAGCUCCACGCUGAUCUGAAUGUAAUGCCUGAGUCUAUUGACAUGGAGGCCCCUGCCGAGUGUCCAUUCAUCGCCGGUGAAAAUAGGCGUUGCUUGAAGAUUGAGCUGUGCGUGAAUUAUACCACCCGCCCUCUUAACAGCAUUAAAGUUUUCCCCACGCUGGUGUACAGUGUUGAAGCAGAGAAGCAAAGGAAAAUAGCCAGAGUAGAACUCAAAGAUUCUACAGACCCUUUCAAAAAGGUGUUGGAGAAUAGGAGGGUGCAGCUGUCUCCCUCAACCACUUGCGUGGAAGAGUAUGCUUUUGUUAAGAACUCCUUAGAUGACAAGUUCAACCGCAUAGAGUUCACAUUUUCAUUCAGCCUGGAUCUGAGCGAUGAUGACAUCAGUAGCUACCCGGACAGUGCUAUUCAAGACGUUAAUCGUUUCCCUGUGUUAGAUACUGAAGGUUCUGCUGGAGAUAGUGCAAAUUCUGUUGUUGCCUGGGCUGACUUUGUCAAGGAUUGUGGUGACGACAACAUAUGUAAUAGUAACCUGCAGUUUGAUGCACUUCUUGAUGGAUUGUCCCAGGAUGAAAAUGGAAAUUACGAGCUGAUCAUCAAAAGAGAAAAUACUCUGCAAGUGAUCAUGAGCGUUGCAAAUUUGGGUGAAGCGGCUUAUGAGACGAGGAUUUACGUGAAAAAGCCCAAAGGUGUUUCAUACAUUGGCACAGAGUCACAGGACUCCGUCUCAUGCCAAGGGUUGAAGGAGGAUGAAACCCUCAUCAAAUGUGAGCGGAUCGGGAACCCGCUGCGCACUGACAAGUCUGUGUAUUUCAUUCUCAAGCUCAACGUCCCCCGUGAGCUUGUGGAGAGCACGGAGAUCUAUAACCUGACAGCCUGGGUCAACACGUCUAGCCUUGAGGAGAGCGUUGUCAAUGAUAAGCAUGUACUGAACUUCAAGGUCAUCAACAAAGCUGAGAUUUUCAUGGAUACUAAUGUCAACCCUGAUUAUGCCAUCAUGAGCCAAGGACAGCCACGUGGAGCCAGUUCUAUGAAAGACGAAUUAAGCAUUGGGCAUGCUGUGAGGCAUAAUUUUAUUGUGAGAAACUCUGGCCCUGGUGUGAUCUCAAAGUCUUUUAUCACCAUCUACUGGCCUUAUGAAGUCGGCGAUGCUGCAGCUGGGUCUGGAAAGUACCUCCUGUAUAUGAUGAGAAAACCAAAGAUUGUUGGCCCUGUCGUGAAGUGUAAUGAUGAGGACAUUCAGAAGUAUAUCAAUCCUCUCAACAUCAAGGAAGUUAGGGAUACCCAGCUAGCAGAGCCUGUCGUGGAAGCCUCUAGUGAUGAUGACAUUGCCGUGGAGGAGGUGGAAGUGAAGCCGCUGCCGGAUUCAGACGAGGCAGGUACAAGGAGGAAAAGAAGUGCAGGCAGAAGGGUGCGGAGAGCAGCGGGGAAUGUGGUGGUCAUGAGUUGCAGAGAUGGGACUGCCAGAUGCUUUGAGUACAAAUGCAUGCUGGGUAGACUCGAAGCCAACGUCAAUUAUGUCAAGAUCACAAUGGAAUCCCGUCUGUGGGAGAGCACAUUGCUGGCGGAUUAUCAGAAGGCCAGUGAAGUGCAGGUGAUAUCAUGGGCUAAUGUGACCAUUUCUAAGAAGCUCAUGAUUACACAGAACACAGAUGAUGAUGAAAAACGAGCUGUCACUCGUGUUGUGUUUAAAGAGACCUCUAGUCAGACAGUACAGUGGUGGAUCAUUCUUGUGGCUGUCUUGGUGGGGAUCAUUGUCCUUCUCGUGGUCAUCUUUAUUCUCUACAAGCUUGGUUUCUUCAAGAGAAAGCGACAAGAAGACAUGCAGAUGUACAAGGCAGAGAAAAAGCAGCAGGCCAUGUUGUCCGAGUAUGAUGAUGAUGGCGUAUAAAUAUGGUGCAGAGUUGCAUUAGUUUCUUUAAAGAAUUUUUCAUGACAUUGUUUUAUGAGUUCUGGAUGCCUUUGUGAACCUUGUUGUUGCUUGUGUAUUUCAUUGAUUCUUUUGUUACCAGUGGCUUUGUUUUUAACCUUCCAAUUUGCCAUACUCACUGAGUGUGGAGAACAAAAGUUCUUUGCAUACGCCAUGAAAAAAACCCCUUAAUAGCUUGUUACCAAAGAUGUUGACUUUAACCAAGACACGAGGUAAGCUAUAUUCCCUUCAAAACACUAAAGUGUGCCGUUGUUUUUUUGUGUUUGUCAUGUUUCUCACAGACAUAAGAUUCGAAAUAUGAGAUUGUUGUGUAAGAAUUGCUAAUUGCUGUGAAUGCGGAGAAAUUUUGUUAUGGAUUAGCUUGGUUAUUUGUUUUAUGUUUUGACAUCAUCCAAGCACAUAUCAAAACCAAGUGUGCAGCAGGGCAUGUGUGAAUCAUGCUGGCAGGGGGUGCUGGUUCCAUUAUUUUACAGAUGCAAAUAUGUAACAAAUACACAAACACUACCUGAGGUAUGCGUCUUAUAUAGCUUACGCUUGUUAGAUUUUAAAAUAUGGUCUGAUUUUAAUUUGUUGGUAAAAAAAUUUCCUCAAAUGCAACCCUGGAUUGUUAUCUGUUUUGGUAACAGUAAAUUUGGGACCCCCUUUUUUUAACUUAUUUGACCCACUACGCACAUCCGACAUUCUCCUCUCUCCAUGGGGCCACAUUUGGGUAGCUGUGACGUCAGGCAUCCAAGACGAUUACAAGAAUGGGGGAUCCAAAUUAAUUUUUACCCUUUUUUUUUUUUUGGCCUUUUUUGUUUUGACCAAGAUUUACAUUCCCAGUUUCAAAACCAAGUUGCAGAACGGAAAAUGCCAGACACAGCACUUUGCACAAAUUAUACCAAUAUUCCAAUGUUUGGGGUGUUUUACAUGCCACUAUUUUACAAACAAAACACUUUUUUGUUUUUUCUUGUUAUUUCCUUGAGUGAAGAGUUGUUGUUUGGAUAAAAUGUGAGGGAAGGGUUCGUAACUCAGUUUGCAGAACAGGUACAUACACUUUUUUAUUGAGAAAACAAUUGUACUUUGUUCCUUUUUCUCCUGUGCCGACGGAAGUCAGUGUUUUUGGGUGCUUGUUAUCGGAUGCUUAUACAGUGUUUUGAGAUCUGAAAAAUGUAUCCUCUCUUUAUUACGAUUGAUCUUGAGUGUGCGUCCAUUUCAGUCGGAAGAGCAAUAUGUUUGAAACUAUCUCUGUAAAUGGAACUUUUAUAGCUGGUUUUCUUGUUCUGUCAAUCACUUUUAUAUAACUAGGGAAAUGUGUAUGUAAGCUUUGAAAGUUGCUGUUAACAUCUUCAAAUUGACUGUGUUCCUAUGUAUAAGAUUUUGAUGAUGUAAAUGUUGGAAGGAGUCCCAUGUAUACUGGUUGUCUGUAAACUUUGUGUUGUUUGUUGUACUUCUCUUGGCACAGAACCCUUCCUAAGCAAAAAUUUGUGCCUUUUUUCAAACAUCAUAUAUUAAGGUGUUUUGUUCUUUACACACAGUACUUCUACGAGUAUCAGUGUUUGAAUAUAUCACUUAAUGUAGGAAAAGAAAUCUUAUAGAGGUGUGCAGAGAGUGUUCUACAUUAAUGGAUGACUUUACCCAAGCAUACAAUAAGAGCUUGUUUCUUUUUGCUGUCUGGGGUGCACUGAAGCUUCUUACAUCAUUUCAUUUUUCACUAAUAAGAAAAGGAUUUGCUGCUCAUUAUUUGCUAUGCUUUUGUUUUUUAACAUUUGUUAAUUAUGUUGUUUAGGCUAGCUCAACAAUUGUUCUACCUUUUUUUACUUCUGAAGUGAAUGCACAUUUAGUUUUAUGUAGUUAUUAUAGGAGAGUAUAAUUAUCUUUUUCAUAGCCCGAUUUUUGUAUUCUCCAAAUGUGAUAGUUCUCCCAACUUUAAAAAAAAAUUAGUGGCUGAUCCCUCUCGGCAUAACAUUUAGUUUUUAGAGGUGUUGGUUCAGAUUCCUUGAAGUUUUCAGUAGUUCAUAAGAGUUUAGGGUUGCAGUGGGUUCUAAUUCAACUGGGGCAAACUUUAUGCCUGAGAGUUAUAUAUGUUAGCUCAAGCGUUGCUGCCAAUCAGUUGGUGUGCUUUGGGUUUGUGAUUUGCAGCUUGCUCAAAUAUUCAUGUUUGAAGAUAUUUUUGAUUAUGAUAUAAUAAUAUGCACUACUUUCUAGCAUCACCAAUGUAAAAAAAAAAGAAGCUCUUUAAGA